CGCGCUUGCCGCGCCUUCAACAUGGCGGCGCCCAUCGGCCGCGGUGCCCUGGAUACGGACUCAGACUCGGACAGCACCGGCGAGGCGGCAGCGCGGUUCCGGGAGGCCGCCUGGGACUGCGCUGCGCAGGCGGCGGCAGUGGCGGUGGAGCCGCGCGGCGGUGGCUUUAAAAAGGAUCGGCUACAGCCUGCUCAGCCUAGCCUAAGGCGUGAGGUGAACGGUCACGAUGAGGAUGGAAAUGAGCUACAGACAACCCCAGAGUUCAGAGCACACGUGGCAAAGAAAUUGGGAGCAAUGCUAGACAGCUUCAUCACUGUCUUGAAGGACUCAGCAGGACCUCCACAAACAUCUGUGCAACAGACUGACUCUGGAGAGGAUGGUUUUCGCCUCUUUUCUUCCUCUGUCCCGGGAGACUGUGGGAAAUCAGAGCCUUGCCCUGCAGCAAGGAGGAGACAGCAGUCCAGCUCCAGUGACACGGAUAGUGACCAAGAGUGGCAAAGGUACCAGGAGGCUGCUGUGUCAGCCACAGACAUUCUGAAACAGAGUGCUUUUCCUGCAUUGUCCCAGGAUUCUAGCCAGGAUCAGAGUCAGGGUUAUGUAGAUCACAGCCGUAAAAAAAAGAAGAAAAAGAAAAUUAGAGGAGAGAACAAUAUUAAAGAGAAAAUAAUAGACCCAGGGGAGUGUGACCAAUUCAGCAAAGAUUUGCCAUGGUUGGUGUCUGCAAAUGGACAGCAUGAGAGACAGGACAACAAUUAUAUGGAGAAUGCAGUGGUGCCAGGAGCUAUGAAGAAGAAAAAGAAGAAGAAAAAAAGAGAAUGAAGAUUUUUCUCUGAAAACAACAGAUGGUGGCUGCAUCCAGAGUACCAGGUCCCCUCACUGCAGUGAUUAAAAAAGCUCAGGUGGAUACAGAAGACUCCCUGUGGGGCUAAAAAGAAGUAACUAUUUGGAUACCACAUUAAAAAAAGAAUGUAAGAAAUUUUAAUGUGAACAUUAAUGUAAAAAGACACCCUUAUUUUCUAAAGAUUUUUUUGUUUUCCAUACUCCUAAUAAAGAGUAUUUAACUAAUAGUGAGGGGUUUUGCAUUGUUCUGUUAUGUUUUUAUGCAAUUUCCAUGCAUUUCAUUUUUGAUUAGUUGUCCUAAUUUCCCCUCCCCUAGAUAGAGGGAGGAGGUUGGUUAUCAGCCAACAAUACUGGCUGAUAACAUAAGCUGUCAAUUGU